UAUCCUGCUGAAGUACACAGAAAACCAGCUGAUAUGACCUUGUACGCGUUUUGUUAACUUAACGGUUAUCUGAAAAGAUGGCUCACGACGACUUGCGAGUGAAGUGGAUUCGAGAGGUUGUUUCUGCUGGAUUCAGUUCACUUGAUCCAAAGUGCUUCAAUGAACUGCUGAAUCGCGGACAAGGCCAGAAAGAAACUAUUCUCCGGUUUUUGGACACAGUUUCUGAAAAUGACACCGGAUUAAUCUUAAUGUUUUUCAAAAAAGUCAUAGAAGAGGAAAUUGAGGUUGAAAUCCCAGUCGAAAGUAGCAAAGACAAACACUCAUCAAAUCUGGACAGUGGCCCUGGAACCCAAGAUGAAGCCAGGACAAAGCCAUCCUCAGAGGAGAAUCAAGCCACAGUUUUCAAACCCAAGACUGAUGUCAAACUUGUUGCUGUUACCAAGCUUCAUGUAGCAGUCAACAAUGUCCCAGAGAGAAUUCCGACGUAUCCUGUCUUGUACUUCAUCCGAAACACAAAGGAGAUUAUUGUAAAACCUGCUGACAUGAAUGAAGCACGUAAUGAGAUGCCCAGACUGAUACAGUUUGGCAAAUGGAAUAAACAUCCUCUUCAGGCGCUGAGGAAUCAGGUUACCCAUGUAUACCUGCCAUUGUUGAGUGCCCGUCAGAUUGAGAUGGCUAAUGGAUGUUAUCAAAAUGAGGCAGCUUCUUCCGUCCAGCAGAGUAGUGGAACAGACAUUGACCUGGGGACAUCAGCAUCUUCAGGAAAACUCCUGCUCCCUGAUGACCUGCUUGUUUCCACAUUGAAUUUUUUGGAAGUUAUGAACACAACUAUCAAACCACGUAAACCUCAAGAUGACGUCAAACUUCAGAUCCCUCAGGUAGACUUGACUCCAGAGGUGGAUGUCCUGCUGUCUAACCCAGUGUUGGUAGAGGAGUUGCAGCAGUGUGUGAUGAACUGGCAGACACAGAUUGCUAUCGUUAUCGAAGAGCAGCUAAACAAGAAACCAGAGGGGCCUGGUCCUUUGGAUGAGAUCCGUUUUUGGGAGGAGCGCACAAUUGCCCUGUGUGCUCUGAAUGAGCAGCUUAAAGAGUCAGUUGUAAGGAAGAUUGUGGAGGCGAUGACCAAAGCAGAUAGAGCAGUUGUUGAAAGCCUUGGAGGAACUGUUGCUGAACUGACUCAAUACAUUGCAGAGUCACAGGAUAAUCUGAAAUCACUUCGCUUAAUGGAGAGAUACUUCAAGACCCUGACUACCGCAGCAAGCUUGGCUUUGAUCCUGGAAACUAUUCUUCCGAUGAUGCGCAGCCUACAUGUUAUGUGGCUAGUCGCCCAGCACUAUAACACACCGGAGCGUAUGGUCCGUCUAAUGGAACGUAUUGCAUGGCAGCUGUGUGAACGUGUGAUUCAAGCAGUUGAAGUCCACAAGUUGUUCAUUAAUAAGAAGGUGGCCAAACUCAAGGUAUGGGAUGCGAAGCGGGUUCUAGAUCAGUGGAAGUCAUCCUACUUUGAGGUUCGUGCUGCAAUUGAAGAAACAGGCAGAGAUUCACGCUGGGAAUUUGACCGUAAAAGUCUGUUUGAGAGGAGUGAUUACAUAGCAUCAGUCUGUCAGGACCUGUACAACGUUUUGCAGAUUUUGGAGGAGUUCAAUAACAGCUUUGGCCCAGAGUUAAAAGCUGUGACAGAUGACCCAAACCACAUUGAUGAUGUUCUGUGCAGGGUGGGGAGCCUUCUUAGGCCUUUUGAGGACAUCAGCUUUGACCCUUUCAGCAUCUCUGAGAUGAGCCGUUGGAAAGUUAUCAUGCAAGAGUUCAAUAUUAAAGUGGAAGCGAUCGAUGAAGAAGCCAUCACCUUGCUUGACCAUUCAUUCACGAAACUGCGAUCUUCAGCUGCUGCCAUGGAAAUGCUCCUGAAAUUCAAACACAUCCAUUCCAGAGACAGCAUCACCAACCGUCUGAUGCAUACAUUUAAUGACAUCAUGGCUCAGUAUUGCAAAGAGGUGUCCAGGAUGAAUGAAGUGUUCGAGGCAAAUAAAGACAGUCCAGAGCUGAAUAAGGGUGAGCCUGCUGUGGCAGGAGCCAUCGCCUGGGCACGAUCUCUUGUUUAUCGCAUCAAACAGACCCUACUUCUUUUCCAGCAAGUGCCAGAGCUACUGGAGAGUGAGCAAAGCAAAGCGGGAAUUUCCAUGUAUAAGGAAUUUGUUUUACGGUUGAGGGACUAUCAGGUUAAGAAGUAUGAGUGCUGGCUAAAUGAGACAAAAACACAGAUACCAAUACUAAUGAAAAGAAUGCUGUUGGUAAUUGUUACCAAUGGAAGCCAAGGCCAGGCCGAAAUGAUUCCAGCAACUGAAUAUAGUUUGGAGAGGAAUAGUCGAUACACAGUCAACUUUGUGCCAAAGCUUUCUGAAAUAUUUUCAGAAACAGUCUACCUUAUGUCUAUGGGAUACCCCAUACCUGAUGAGUUUAAAAGCCUUGCUCUUCGGCGGAAAGAUUUCUGCAGGUACGUUUUAAAUCUGAAGAAGCUUGUGAACCGUUACCACUCUGUACUGGACAGUCUCAGUGAGAUCAAGUUCAAUAUGCUGGCUAAACACAUAAAAGAAGUGAAGACAGAGUUACAGAGAGGCUGUGAAGUACUCAACUGGAAAUCUUUGGGUAUUGAUGAUUUCAUCAAGCAAGGCACUCAGGCUGUCUCUAAAUUUGAGUCAGUUGUCAAUGAGAUUCUGAAGAUUGAGGGUGUAAUUGAUUCCAAACUACACAACCUGAUGACAGCCAAUUUACUGAAAUGUCAAACACCAGACAAACUAAACGGCUUACCAGGUUUAAAAGAGUUCAUUGAACAUAUUGAGCACGAGCAGUCGGGAAAGGUGGCCUUGCUGAGUCGGGAGUACUCAGACAUUGGGCCCCUCAUUACUAUGAUGGAGCACGUGAUCAUACAAACCAGAAGCAGCAAAGCCAAAUGUAUGAUUCAGUAUUACCUCUACUGGGAACGCAAGGUUCAUGAUGCCCUGCUAACGAUGGUGCUAAGGAGCUUUCAGGCCUUCAACAAGGAUCUUAUGGGUAACACUCUUCUUUUCAAAAUUGAAGCCAUCCUCUCUGCCCCCAAAAUUGUUAUUCUACCUCAAAAGAGUGACAUCUAUUGGUUGAUCAAGCAGUGUCUGAAGGACUGUGUAGAAAGCACAAAGCAAUUUGUGCGGUGGAUGCACGGAACCUGCAUCGAGUGUCCUCCACAACAUGUGAAUGAGGAGGAGGAGUUGGUAACAGUCAGCUUCUACAAUGACCUGUACCAGAAUCCUCAGAUAAAAGAAGGUGCCAACAUCGUGUCCAAGAACAUCCAGCAGCUGCUCUUUACUGUGGAACGCAGCCUUAAUCACUGGAAAUGUUAUCAGCACCUUUGGGAAAGGAACAUAGCCACUGUCAAUGAAAAAUUUGCUUCAAAAAAUCCUUCUUUUGUUCUGUACGAUGAGAAGCUACAGUUCUUUGCUGGCAUUAAACAGGAAGUCAUGAUGGAGCCUCUAUUUAAGAAUGAGCGCAGCAUACAUUUAAACCUUCAGCCUCUGGUUUACACUGCACAGGAGGUUGCUCAGGCCUGGAUGGACUCUCUUGGUAAUCUGCUCAACCAGUCUGCCAGAGGUGAUCUAUUCGACGUGAGAGAUCAACUGAUGCAACUGUCUAAGAACUUGAAGCAGAGCCCCAACACUUUGGAGGAUCUAAAGUGCAUCCUUGGUACCAUCUCAGAGAUCAGGGACAUGUCCGUAGAUGUGGAGAUGAGGCUAAUUGAUACCAAGGAAAGAUACAGAACACUGGUUAUGCACAAGUUAGAGGUCGCACCAGAGGAGCUGGAGCUGGUUGCCAGUAUUGACCAGAUGUGGAGUGACUUGUGUGCCAAAUCUAAAGCUGUAAAUCAAAGUCUGGAAAACAUCAAGACAACAUUUGUUGAGAUUGUAAAGGAGCAGACUGACGAGUUUCAACAAGAUUUAUCUAUUUUUGCUGAGAGCUUCAGCAUGCAUGGUCCUGGAGCUGUAGGAGAUGACUUGGAAAGAGGAAUAGCCAUUGUGGGAAAAUAUGAGGAAGAACUCACCCAGAUAGAUGCAAAACGGCAGGAGCUAGCUAACGCUGAGAAGCUACUGGACCUCCCAAUCACCAGUUACCCAGAGGUUGCCAGUAUGCAGAAGGAAAUGAAGGGCUUGAUGCAGAUCUAUGAUGUCUAUAAUGCUCAGAAGGCCGCAAUGACCGAGUGGUCUCAGACUUUGUGGGGAGAUUUGAAUAUCCAGGUGUUACAGGAUGGAGUUGAGGCAUUCAUUAAAAGAUUGAGGAAGCUCCCUAAAGAUGUGCGGGGAAUGCCUGUGGCUUUUUUCCUGGAAAGACACAUGAAAGAGUUUAAAGAGUCUCUGCCUCUUAUGAUGGAUUUGAAGAAUGAGGCUCUCAGAGACAGACACUGGAAGGAACUGAUGGAAAGGACUGGAACUAGCUUUGAGAUUAAACAGGACAGUUUCACUCUUGAAAAUAUGUUUGCAAUGGAGCUGCACAAAUACGGAGACAUCAUAAAUGACAUUGUAACCUCUGCUGUUAAAGAGCUUGGUAUAGAGAGGGGAGUGAAAGAAGUAGUCCAGACAUGGGACAACAUGAAGUUCACGCUGCAACCCUAUUUAAAAGGAACACAAGCAUGUGGAUCUGUCUUGGUUGCAGUGGAAGAGAUCAUACUUAAUCUGGACAACGAUGCUAUGAAUUUGCAGAGCAUGGCAGGCAGUAGCUUCAUUGGACCUUUUCUUGACAUUAUACAGCAAUGGGAGAAAGACUUGUCGCUAAUUAGCGAGGUCAUAGAGGUAUGGAUGGCAGUGCAGCGAAAAUGGAUGUAUCUUGGAAGCAUAUUUAUUGGUGGAGAUAUCCGCUCACAGCUACCAGAGGAAGCCAAGAAAUUUGAUAACAUUGACAAAGCUUUUAAAGAGAUAAUGACUGAUACAGGAAAGGGCCCAAAUAUUAAGCGGUGUUGUCUGGUUCCUAACCGGCUAGCACAGCUGCAAGACCUGAGUGACAGUCUGGAAAAGUGUCAGAAAAGUCUCAAUGACUACCUUGACUCUAAACGGAAUGCUUUUCCUCGCUUCUUCUUCAUAUCUGACGAUGAGCUGCUCAGCAUUCUGGGGAGUAGUGACCCGACGUGUGUCCAGGAGCACAUGAUCAAGAUGUAUGACAAUAUAGCAUCUCUGAGGUUUGAAACUGAAAGCAGUGGAGACACAGCAGUUCAAGCACUCAUCUCUGCCGAAGGCGAGGUCAUGGAGCUGAAGAAGCCUGUUCCAGUGGAAGGCAAAGUGGAGGAGUGGAUGUCAGGAGUGUUGCUGGAAAUGAAGAGGACCAACAGACUUAUCACAAAGGAAGCAAUAUUCCGUUACUGUGAAGACAGGAGCAGGGUCAACUGGAUGCUUUUGUACCAGGGCAUGGUAGUGUUGGCUGCAAAUCAAGUGUGGUGGACCUGGGAAGUAGAGAACAUCUUUGAACGUGUGAAAAAAGGAGAAAAUAAUGCGCUGAGGGAUUAUGCCAAGAAAAUGCAUGAGCAGAUUGACGAGUUGGUAACAUGCAUUCAGCAAGACUUGAAGAAGAAUGACAGGAAAAAGAUCAACACUGUCCUUAUCAUUGAUGUGCAUGCAAGAGACAUUGUUGACAACUUUCUCAUGAAAAGUAUUAUGGAUGCAAGGGAAUUUGAGUGGGAAAGCCAACUUAGAUUCUACUGGGUCUGGGAAUCUGAUGAUCUGUUUGUGCGCCAGUGCAGUGCCUCAUUCGCUUAUGGCUACGAAUACAUGGGGUUGAAUGGGCGACUGGUUAUAACCCCACUGACAGACCGCAUCUACCUCACCCUCACACAGGCCCUCUCCAUGUACCUGGGUGGAGCUCCUGCUGGACCGGCUGGUACAGGAAAGACAGAGUCCACCAAAGAUCUGGCAAAGGCUUUGGGUUUGCUCUGUGUGGUGACAAACUGUGGUGAGGGCAUGGACUACAAGGCUGUAGGGAAAAUCCUCUCUGGUCUCGCACAGUGUGGAGCCUGGGGCUGUUUUGAUGAGUUUAACCGAAUUGAUGCAUCAGUGCUUUCUGUCAUCUCUUCACAAAUCCAGACAAUAUGCAGCGCUCUAAUGUCACACCUUAAAACAUUUGAGUUUGAAGGCCAGGACAUCAGUUUGGACAAUCGCAUAGGAAUUUUCAUCACUAUGAACCCAGGUUAUGCAGGCCGCACAGAACUGCCAGAAUCAGUUAAAGCCCUCUUUCGGCCUGUGGUAGUCAUUGUGCCUGACCUGCAACAGAUUUGUGAGAUCAUGCUUUUCUCUGAAGGCUUCCUGAUGGCCAAGGUGCUGGCAAAGAAGAUGACAGUGUUGUACAAGCUAGCCCGUGAGCAGCUGUCCAAGCAGUCUCAUUAUGACUUUGGCCUUCGAGCUUUGAAAUCUGUCCUGGUGAUGGCAGGAGACUUGAAGAGACGUUCACAAAAUCUCAAUGAGGAUGUGGUGUUGAUGCGUGCACUCAGGGAUAUGAACCUGCCAAAGUUUGUGUUUGAAGAUGUACCUCUGUUCCUUGGGCUAAUAUCAGAUCUCUUCCCUGGACUUGACUGCCCUCGUGUUUGUUAUCCCAGCUUCAGUGAUGCUGUUGAACAGGUCUUGCAAGAGAACAAAUAUGUCGUAAUACCUACCCAGGUGGAUAAAGUCAUACAGAUAUAUGAGACAAUGAUGACCAGGCACACUACAGUGGUGGUGGGCCCAACAGGUGGAGGGAAAUCACUUGUAAUCAGCACUUUAUGUCAAGCUCAGACCAAAUCAGGAUUGCAUACCAAAAUAUAUCCAAUAAACCCCAAAGCUGUGAGUGUCAUUGAACUCUAUGGGGUUCUCAAUCCUGACACACGAGACUGGACUGAUGGGAUCUUGUCCAAUAUCUUCCGUGACAUCAACAAGCCCACUGACAAACAGGAGCGGAGGUACAUCCUGUUUGAUGGAGAUGUAGAUGCUCUGUGGGUGGAGAAUAUGAAUUCAGUGAUGGAUGACAACAAGCUCCUCACUCUGGCAAAUGGAGAACGGAUUCGUUUGCAGGCUCACUGUGCCCUGCUGUUUGAGGUUGGAGAUCUGCAGUAUGCUUCCCCCGCUACUGUUUCCAGGUGUGGAAUGGUUUUUGUUGACCCCAAAAACCUGCGGUAUGCCCCCUACUGGCAGAGAUGGGUGAAUAGCAGGCCUGCCAAGGAAAAAGAAAUUCUGAACAGAUUGUUUGGAAAAUAUGUGCCCAGCUCUAUUGAUAUGAUUGUGGAUGGUAUUGUUGAUGGCAAACAAGGACAGAAACUGAAAACCGUCAUUCCCCAGACAGACCUGAACAUGGUGACUCAACUGUGUUUGAUGUUGGAUGCCUUGCUCGACACUGAGAACAAGAGUGCUGAAGUCCUGGAGUGUUAUUUCCUGGAAGCUCUGUACUGCUCCCUAGGAGCCACUUUGGUGGACAGUAGCAGGUUCAAGUUUGAUGAGUUCAUUAAAAAACUAUCCUGCUUGACCAUAGCGCAUGAUGAGAACACUUUGGUUGGAUCUGGUGAGAUACCAGGAUACAUGUCAUCUCUGUAUGAUUUCCAUUUUGACGGAACACAGGAAAAAUGGGUUCCCUGGCAAUCCCUAGUCAACCCUUACAUCCAUGACCCUAAAAGGAAGUUUGCUGACAUUCUAGUCUCAACUGUUGAUACGACAAGAUCGAGCUGGAUCCUGGAGCAGAUGUUGAAGAUAAAGAGGCCAGUGCUUCUGGUUGGAGAGUCUGGCACUUCUAAGACUGCCACCAUUCUUAACUUCCUGAAGAAAGUUGAUGCAAAUACAAAUAUAACUCUUACCAUCAACUUCUCAUCCAGGACAACUUCAAUGGACCUGCAGAGGAACCUGGAGGCCAAUGUGGAGAAGAGGACCAAAGAGACCUACGGCCCUCCCAUUGGAAAGGGGUUGCUGGUGUUUAUCGAUGACAUGAAUAUGCCAAAGGUGGAUACUUAUGGUACACAGCAGCCUAUUGCACUUUUGAAGCUGUUACUGAACCGAGGAGGCAUGUAUGACAGAGGGAAGGAGCUUAAUUACAAACUCCUCAAGGAUUUGGGCUUUAUUGCUGCAAUGGGGAAGGCAGGAGGUGGGAGGAACAAGGUAGAUCCACGCUUCAUCUCACUCUUCAGUGUCUUCAGCAUCCCCUUUCCUGCAGUGGAGUCCCUACAUCUUAUCUAUGCUUCCAUUCUCAAGGCCACACUGAAGGCAUUUGAUGAAGCCAUACGAAAGGUUUGUGACAAAAUCACCUUCUGCACACUGGAACUGUACAACCAAAUCAUCAAAGAUCUGCCACCAACUCCCUCAAAGUUCCAUUACAUUUUAAACCUGAGGGACCUGUCAAGAAUCUACAGUGGAUUGACCCUCACCGAUCCUGAACGGUUUUUGACCAUCACUCAAUUUGUACUGGUUUGGAGGAAUGAGGGCCUCAGAAUAUUCCAUGAUAGACUCAUCGAUAAAGCUGACAAAGCAUUGGUUCAAAGCCACAUAAAGAACUUGAUUGAUGAGCACUUUAAAUCAGAACUCGAAGAAGUGAUGAGGGACCCGAUUCUUUUUGGAGAUUACAAGACCACCCUUAGUGAGUCUGAACUGAGGGUCUAUGAGGACAAUGACUAUGAUACUGCAAAAGCUCUGUUUCAGGAGAUUCUGGAAGAGUACAAUGAGAACAAGUCACAGAUGAACCUUGUACUGUUUGAUGAUGCACUGGAACAUCUGACCCGGGUGCACCGAAUCAUCCGUAUUGAUCGUGGCCAUGCCCUGCUUGUAGGUGUUGGAGGCUCUGGGCAAGCUGUCUCCACAAAGCUUGCAGCUUUCACUGUGGCUUGUGUGUUCGAGAUAACGCUAAGUCGAGGCUACAAUGAAUCAAACUUCCGAGAUGAUCUGAAAAAACUAUAUGUGAAGCUAGGCAUUGAAAAUAAGAAGAUGGUAUUCUCUUCAAUGAUGGCCAUUUGCUGAAGAGGCUUCUUGGAACUCAUUAACAACAUGCUCACCUCAGGUUUGACUUCUGCAUUGUUCCCUGAUGAUGAAAAGGAUUCACUUAUCAACCAGCUUCGUGAUGAGGCUAUGAAGGAAGCAGGCACUUCCAAAGAAAAUAUUUGGGCAGUAUUUGUCAACAAGAGUGCCAACAACCUGCAUGUAGUUUUAGGCAUGUCUCCAGUUGGAGACACCCUGAGAACACGCUGCAGGAACUUCCCAGUUAUGAACAACACUGUGAUUGACUGGUUCCUGCCAUGGCCCCCACAGGCUUUACUUGUAUUUGCUGAGUCUUUCCUUGGUGGAAGUUCAAUGAUUCCUGAGGCUCACAUUGCAUCAGUCGUAGACCAUGUACACAUGGUCCAUAUCUCUGUUGGGGAGUACAGUGAGCUGUUCCAGCAGCAACUCAGACGUUACAACUACGUUACUCCAAAGAACUACCUUGACUUCCUUAACACUUAUUUAAAUCUUUUGAAGGAAAAGCAUGAAAACAUCCUGGCUCAGUGCAAUCGUCUUGAGGGUGGUUUGCUUAAGCUAAAGGAAGCCAGUGAGCAGCUGCUAGUUAAAUGUAAGCUGGCAGAGCAAAAAGUUGUCCUCGCAGAAAAGUCCACAGCCUGUGAGGCUCUGCUAAAUGAUGUCUGCAAAAAACACCUCUGUAGGUCAAACGAAAGGCUCUGGCUUGAAGACAAAGCCAUAGAAUAGAAGAACAGAACAAAAAUGAUAGCAGUUGAGAAGGAAGAAGCUGAAAGUGCCCUGAACAAAGCUUUGCCAGAAUUGGAGGCCGCUCGUGCUGCUCUGCAGAACUUGGAAAAAGCUGAUGUCACAGAGAUCCGAUCCUUUGCCAAGCCACCCAAAGAAGUGCAAGUGGUCUGUGAGUGCAUCUUGGUGUUGCGUGGUUCCAAAGAGAUUAAUUGGCAGUCAGCGAAGGGGAUGAUGUCAGAAGGGAAUUUUCUUCGCUCACUGAUGGAGCUGGAUUGUGAUUCCAUAAGUAACAACCAGCUGAAGACGGUCAGAGCAUUUCUGAAAAAUCCCAACAUUAAAUUAGACGAGAUGGAAAAUAUCAGUCGGGCUGGUUUUGGAAUGCUUAAAUUUGUCAAAGCUGUUACUGGUUACUGUGAGGUCGCCAGGGAGAUAAAGCCUAAACGAGACAGGCUGGCACAGCUGCAGAAAAACUUCUUAAAGAGUAAGCGAGAGCUGGAGCAAAUUCAGAAUGAGCUUAGUGAACUCCAGAAAGAGUUACAUGCACUGAGAGAGAAGUACAGUGCUGCCAUAAUGGAGAAACAGAACCUACAGGAAGAGGCUGAGCUCAUGGAAAAGAGGCUGGUAGCUGCUGACAAGCUCAUCUCUGGCCUCAGCUCUGAGAACCAACGCUGGAAACAAGAACUGGAAGAGUUGAAUGAGCGACGUGUUCGACUGCUGGGUGACUGUCUGAUCUCUGCUGGUUUCCUGAGCUAUGAGGGGGCAUUCAGCUGGGACUUCAGGAAUAAAAUGGUGUAUGAAAUGUGGGUAAAGGAUGUACAAGACAAAGGCAUACCCAUGAGCCAGCCUUUCAAAGUGGAAAACCUGCUGACUGAUGAGGUGGAAAUCAGCAGAUGGGGGUCAGAUGGUUUGCCUCCAGAUGAGCUGUCAGUGCAGAAUGGAAUCCUCACAACCAAAUGCAGUCGUUUUCCUUUGUGUAUUGACCCUCAACAACAAGCCCUCAAUUGGAUUAAGAAGAAAGAAGAAAAUAAUCUCAAAGUCUCAUCUUUUAAUGAACCAGACUUCCUGAAACAGCUGGAGAUUGCCAUCAAAUAUGGCUUCCCUUUCCUUUUCCAAGAUGUGGAUGAGUACAUUGACCCUGUGAUUAAUAAUGUCCUGGAGAAGAAUAUAAAAGGAGCAGAGGGCAGGGAAGUAAUCAUGUUGGGUGACAAAGAAGUAGAUUACGAUCCAAACUUUAAACUUUACCUGAACACUAAACUGGCAAAUCCAAAAUAUUCUCCAUCUGUGUUCGUUAAGGCCAACGUUAUCAACUAUACUGUGACCCUUAAGGGUCUGGAGGAUCAGCUGCUGAGUGUUAUCAUGGGCUUUGAGAAGAAGGAGCUGGAAGAGCAGCAUGAGCAUUUGAUCCAAGAGACGAGUGACAAUAAAACGCUGCUGAAGAACCUUGGGGACUCGCUGCUCAGAGAGCUGGCCACAUUAACAGGCAACAUGUUGGACAACACAGAACUCAUCUACACGCUGGAGGAAACAAAAACCAAAGCAAGUGAGGUGUCUGAGAAGAUCCAGCUGGCGGAGAAAACUGCAGUGGAUAUCAAUGAACUCAGAGAUGGCUACCGCCCUGCUGCCAAGCGUGGUGCAGUCCUGUUCUUUGUGCUGACAGAAAUGGCUCUGGUGAACAGCAUGUACCAGUACUCUCUUGCCUCCUACCUGGAAGUGUUUGACUUUUCACUGCGCAGAGCCAGGCCCGACCCUGCUCUCCCAAAAAGACUAGAGAACAUUGUGAACACGCUGACGUACAAUGUUUAUAAUUAUGGCUGCACCGGUCUGUUUGAGAGACACAAACUGCUGUUUUCAUUUAACAUCACCGUCAAAAUUGAGCAGGCAGAAGGAAGAGCAUCUCAAGAGCAGCUGGAAUUCUUCAUAAAGGGUAAUUUAUCACUAGAAAAGAGCAGUCGUCAAAAGCCUUGUGACUGGCUUCCAGACCAGGGCUGGGAGGACAUCAUGAAACUUGCAGAGAUCUUUCCUGAGCAGUUUGGUUCGCUGCCCGAUGAUGUGGAGAAACAUUCCAGUGUCUGGAAGUCUUGGUAUGACUUGGAUGGACCGGAAAAGGCUCCGCUUCCCAUGGAAUAUGACAACAUCCUGACACCUUAUGAGAAGCUGCUGUUGCUGCGCUGCUUCCGUGUCGACAGAGUGUACAGUGGGGUUACAGAUUAUGUCGCAGUCACUAUGGGCGAGAAGUACGUGCAGCCUCCUGUGAUCACCUUUGAUGCCAUUUAUAAACAGAGCACACCUUACUCCCCUAUUGUUUUCAUCCUGAGCCCUGGUUCGGACCCAACCAGUGACCUCAUGAAACUAGCAGAGAAGAUGGGCUUUGGAGGCAGUCACUUCAAAUUCCUUGCUAUGGGUCAAGGCCAAGAGAAGGUUGCGCUGCAGUUGCUGGAGAAGGCUGUCUCGCGUGGUCAGUGGUUGAUGCUGCAAAACUGCCACCUGCUGGUGAAGUGGCUGAAGGAGCUGGAGAAGUCCUUAGAGAUAAUCACCAAACGCCACUCCAACUUCCGCUUAUGGAUCACAACCAAUCCCAUUCCAGACUUCCCCAUUGGCAUCCUACAAAAGUCUCUAAAGGUUGUGACAGAACCUCCCAAUGGCCUCAAGCUGAAUAUGAGAGCCACAUACGCUAAAAUCUCAGCUGAGAGUUUCAAUGCAUGCCCACAUCCUGCUUUUCCCAGCCUGGUGUAUGUGCUGGCCUUCUUCCACGCUGUUGUGCAAGAGAGACGCAAGUAUGGCAAAAUUGGCUGGAAUGUCCCAUAUGACUUUAAUGAGUCUGACUUCUUGGUGUGUAUGGAGAUUUUGAACACAUACCUGACCAAAGCUCACAACCAAGGAGAACGUGAGAUUCCAUGGGAAAGCCUUAAAUAUCUUGUUGGGGAGGUGAUGUACGGUGGGCGAGCCAUUGACAGCUUUGACCGCAGGAUCUUGACUGUGUACAUGGAUGAGUACCUGGGAGACUUCCUCUUUUAUACUUCUCCACACUUUUACUUUUUCCACAACAAAGAUGUAGCUUACAAAAUCCCUCCAAGUGGGUCCAAGGAAACAUAUGUUGACGAGGUUGAGUCUUUGCCACUGGCAAACACACCAGAAGUAAUGGGUCUUCAUUCCAAUGCAGAGAUUGGAUACUACAUGCAGGCGACCAAAGACAUGUGGAGUCAUCUAAUUCACCUCCAGCCUCAAACAGGGGAAUGUGGUGGAAGCAUCAGUAGAGAUGAGUACAUCAGCCAGGUGGCACAGGACAUUCAGAGCAAGCUUCCCACUUUAUUUGACUUGGAUGUCCUCCAUAAAAAGUUUGGCCUGGACAUCUCACCAACCUCGGUCGUUUUACUUCAAGAGCUGGAGCGAUUCAACAAACUGCUAUCCUGCAUGCAACGCUCUCUGGUUGAGCUCCAGAGGGCCUUGGCUGGUGAGGUGGGCAUGAGCAGUGAGUUGGAAGAAGUUGCUCGUGCUGUUUUUAACGGGCACAUCCCUGCCAUUUGGAAGAAGUUGGCUCCUGACACUCUUAAAUCCCUGGGCACCUGGAUGAGUCAUUUCAAUAAGCGCUAUGAUCAGUACACCCUUUGGGUGAAUGAGGGUGAGCCAAAGGUCAUGUGGCUGUCAGGACUCCAUAUUCCUGAGUCUUACUUGACAGCCCUGGUCCAAGCCACAUGUAGGAGGAACGGUUGGCCUCUAGAUUGUUCUACACUCUACACCCAAGUGACACAGUACCAAAGUGAGGAUGAAAUCGACAAGGGACCUGAACAGGGCUGCUUUAUAUCUGGCCUCUAUCUGGAGGGAGCAGAAUGGGACAUGAAGAAGGGCUGCCUUGUGAGGAGUAAACCUAAAGUCCUUGUUGCAGAACUACCCAUUGUUCAAGUGAUCCCCAUAGAGACUCGUCACCUCAGGUUAAAGAAUACUUUGCGGACGCCAGUAUAUACCACAUCCAUGCGGAGGAAUGCCAUGGGUGUGGGGUUGGUGUUUGAGGCUGACCUGUUCACCACCAUGCACAUGUCCCACUGGGUCCUCAUGGGUGUCUCCUUAUGUCUCAAUGCUGACUAAAAAUUUGUGGCCAGCAUUUGUAACACUGAUGGCUGGACUGGAGAUAAAUAAAAUGAAGCCAAAUAUGGAAAUUCGUUGAAUGCAUUCUGUUUAUUGUUCAUCAA